AUGAAGAAACAGCCUUCCCUAACCCCCCCGGCACAACCCGAUCCAGAUUGCCAGAAAUGCGAUGCGCUGAUCGCCUCCAGAAACCCGGCGGCCCUCUGCGCCCACUUCCUCGAGGCGCACCCCGAGCAGAUCUACACGAAAACAAUCGAAUGCAUGUGGUGCACAUUUACGGCCAAAUCUGUACCCGAAGUGGCCCGACAUCUCGCGCAAUGCCACAGCCUCGCCCCCAGUGCAAUCACGCCGAUCACAAGCCUUUAUCAGAAUUUUUUGAAUGGCACCCCGCAGAAGCGCUGUUUUUCUGAAUCUGAUCCGCAAGCUGCCGGAGACGUUGGGACUCCCGCUAAUACGAGGCUCAACCAUUUAGUCGAAACUCCGCCUCACUCGCCCGAAGGUCCUGCCUGCUCAUUGGUAGAUGAAAAAGGUUCUUCGCAGUCCGAGGAGUCUUUUCCGAAACCCGAACAGUCCUCUAUCGACUCACGCAUCGCCGAGCAGGAAAAGGAAAUUGCCCGCCUGAAGGAAGAGCUGGAAAUCACAGAGGAUCGCCUAUUGUGCGUGCUGCGCAAAAAUGAUGCGCUUGAGGAUGAGCAAGAAGAGUUUCACGCCCAGAUCGGCGAGCUCACCAUCGAGAAUCGACGGCUGAAGGCGCAGCUCAAGGGUCGCAGCCGCCAAUCAUCGAAAACGGAUAGAACGACUAUUAUCGAAUUGGAU